AUGGUGGCAAUAGCUCCCGGCCGGGAGCACAUCCCCGGGCACCCCAAGGCCUUCAUCGCCGUCCGCUUCAUCUCGCUCAUCAUCGGCCUCGUCGUCCUCGCCUGCGAUGCCUACAGCCUCUCCCGCCUCGCCUUCAGCGGCAACUCCCUCAUGAUGUUCACGUCCAUCGCCAACCUCAUCACCUGCCUCUACGUCAUCGUCGCCGAGCUCGGCGUCCCGGCCGCGUACAACUACUGGCCCGUGCUGGGCCUCGACGUCUUCAUGGCCGUCUUCUGGCUCGUCUCGUUCGCCCUGCUCGCCUCGCAGGUCGCCCCGCUCUUCAAGGGCGUGACCUACUGCGACUGGUACUACGGCUGCUACUCGUACGAGCUCGAGGGCGAGAGCCUCGCCUGGUCCGCCGUCCUGGCCGCCGUAGCCGGCCUCGGCGGUCUCGAGUUCGCCCUGUACAUCGUCGCCCUAGUCAUCGGCUCCAUCUACCUCUCCCGCCACCGCAAGGCCGGCGGCCACUGCAUGCCUCUCGGCGCCGGCGCAGCUACCAGCGCUCCCACCGCUGCGGCGGCCCCAGGCGGCGAGAAGACCGAGGCCGGGGCGACCUACACCUCGACGGUGCCCCUGCAGGAGCAACAGCCGCCAUACCAACCACAGCAGCAGCAACCCGGCUACCCGGCCGGCCAGGCCAUGACGCCGCCGCCCCAGCAGAUGCACCAGCCGCAGCCGUACUACCCGCAGCAGACGCCGAGCCCGCUGACCGCGCAGUCGUCGGUGGCCGGGUAUCCCCCCCAGCAGCAGCAGCAGCCGCAAGCGCAGUACCACGAGGUGUCUGGGACACAGGCAGGAUACAACCCUCAACAACAACAGCAACAACACCAGCAGCAGCAGCAGCAGUAG